AUGCAUCCCUUCUGCUGCGUCUCCGCCAUUUCCGACCACUCCUCACCGGUCACCCACGCCAUGCCCCCUAUCCCUGCCGCGGCCGCCACAUCGAGAUCCGACUGCGCUCCCCGACAGGGUCAAGCCUCCCUCAGCAUCACUAAUGGCAGCGAAGGCUGCCGUGCAUACACUCAGUCCGCGCCAGCGGCGGUGGUGGACGUGAGGAUCAAAGACCUCGUUGGGAACGGAAUCUCCGGAAUUCUACACAAAUGGGUGAACUAUGGCAAAGGAUGGAGAUCGCGCUGGUUCGUGCUCCAAGACGGCGUCCUCUCGUACUACAAGAUUCACGGAUGCGACAAGAUUGUUGUAAACUCCGAAACCGAGAAGGGAUCGAAGGUUAUUGGCGAGGAAUCCGCUCGCAUGAUCUCUCGCAACCGCAAUUCGAAUCACGUCGGUUAUCGACGAAAGCCCGUAGGCGAAAUUCAUCUCAAGGUUUCGACUAUUCGCGAGAGCCGGUCAGAUGACAAGCGGUUUUCUGUUUUCACUGGGACUAAGAGACUCCAUUUGAGGGCCGAAACUCGAGAGGAUCGAGUGGCGUGGAUGGAGGCCUUGCAGGCAGUGAAAGAUAUGUUUCCGCGGAUAUCCAACAGCGAGUUGAUGGCACCGGUGGACAAUGUGGCAGUUUCGACUGAGAAACUGAGACAUCGUCUUAUGGAGGAAGGAGUAAGCGAGGAAGCUAUUAAGGACAGUGAACAAAUAAUGAGAAAUGAGUAUGCCGUGCUGCAAAACCAGCUUCUGCUGCUUAAACAGAAGCAGGUGGUUCUAAUCGACACUUUGCGGCAAUUAGAGACAGAAAAGGUUGAUCUGGAGAACACUGUGGUUGACGAAAGCCAAAGACAAUUGAAUGAUCAAGAGGCUUCCUCUAGAUUAAGGCAGGAGAAAUCUAGUGCAGCAAGUGCAAGUGAGUCUGAGGAUGAAAUUGAGAGAAAUGAUGCAGCCGAGGAGGAAACAGAUGAUGAAGACACUGCCUUUUUUGACACUCGGGAUUUUCUGUCAUCGUCCAAUUCUUUUAAAAGUAAUGCAUCUGAUAUUAGGGCCUCGUCUUUCUCUUCAGAUGAUGAAGGACUCUAUGCUGUUGAAUCAGAGGAGGAUGUAGACCCUUCGAUUAGAUCCGUUGGAGCAAGCUAUCCUUAUGUUAAGCGGCGUAAGAAAUUACCUGAUCCUGUUGAAAAGGAGAAAGGUGUCAGUCUUUGGUCAAUGAUUAAGGAUAAUAUUGGGAAGGAUCUAACAAAAGUUUGCCUUCCUGUUUAUUUUAAUGAGCCUCUCUCCUCUUUGCAAAAAUGCUGUGAAGAAAUGGAGUACUCAUAUCUUCUAGACCGAGCAUAUGAAUGGGGAAGAAGGGGCAAUACCCUCAUGAGAAUUCUCAAUGUUGCUGCUUUUGCUGUAUCUGCCUAUGCUUCAACUGAAGGAAGAAUCUGUAAGCCAUUUAACCCUUUACUAGGGGAAACAUAUGAGGCUGACUUUCCGGAUAAAGGCUUUCGAUUUUUCUCGGAGAAGGUCAGUCAUCACCCAAUGGUAGUUGCAUGUCACUGUGAGGGUACAGGUUGGAAAUUUUGGGGAGAUAGCAACUUAAAGAGUAAAUUUUGGGGUCGGUCAAUUCAGCUUGAUCCUGUUGGUAUUUUGACUUUGGAAUUUGAUGAUGGUGAAAUAUUCCAGUGGAGUAAGGUUACAACAUCAAUAUACAAUCUCAUAUUGGGAAAGCUGUAUUGUGAUCAUUAUGGUACGAUGCGGAUACAGGGAAAUCAAGAUUACUCAUGUAAACUGAAAUUCAAGGAACAGUCUAUAAUUGAUCGAAAUCCUCACCAGGUUCAUGGUAUUGUUCAGGACAGGAAUGGGAAAAUAUUGUCUACAUUGCUUGGAAAAUGGGAUGACAGCAUGUAUUAUAUAAAUGGAGACUAUAGUGGGAAGGGAAAGGGUUACGAAUCAAUGUCAGAUGCCCAUCUAAUAUGGAAGCGGAGCAAGCCUCCCAAGUUCCCCACUAGAUAUAACUUCACUCGGUUUGCCAUCACAUUAAAUGAACUUACCCCUGGAUUAACGGAUAAGCUGCCACCUACCGAUUCAAGGUUAAGACCUGAUCAAAGGCAUUUGGAAAAUGGCGAGUAUGAGAUGGCAAAUUCAGAAAAGUUGCGACUAGAACAGCGUCAACGUCAGGCUCGGAAAAUGCAAGAGAGCGGUUGGGAACCACGGUGGUUUGCUAAGGAUAAAGCCAGCGGUACCUACCGCUACAUAGGAGGGUAUUGGGAGGCCCGAAAACAUGGAAAUUGGAACUCAUGUCCUGACAUUUUUGGUCAAAUUUCUUCUGAUCAUCUUCCAGACGAAGGUCAAUAA